AUGCACCGCAAAAACCCCAUCAGCGUGCUUGUCUACAACACGCUCUUCCCAACGCCGUCCCCGACCGACCCACCCUCCUUCAGCGCCCAUCUCUCCAAAAACCUUGUCGGCGAAGUUCGCAUCGAAACAGCAAACUUCUACGGGUCGCUCGACACCAUCGAAGCGCGGUACCCAGGCUUGAACUACGCUUUUCAGCCACAUCGAAAACGUCUUGGACGCUUCCCACACCACAAGCGCCUCUUCGAUGCUUUCGAUCGGCUUGGCCUGACCGAAGCGGAGAUUCAAGGCUUCUGCAGGUGGGAAGGCACCCUAUGGGCACGGGAGCGAUACGAGCGGGACGAGGGCGUAAGAGUAGUAGACACAACGGGCGUGGACAUAGGGGCAUGGGUCGACACACGACGAGCCUAUUCCUCAAGGAACAACGGAGCGGGAAUCAACGUGAAAACAGACAUUGAAGUGGAGAUUGAGGAACUAGAACACAACCACCACCAUCACCACCAUCAUCAUCACAGCCAGUCUACACGACCCAUGCAACACAACAAUGGAGGCGACACGGAAAUGCCCGAUUCUUCUUCUUCGGCCGAAGAAGAUGAAGACGAAGAAUCCGACUCGGAUUCAACCUCCAACGAACUAUCCUCCUCGGUAGGCUUCUCUCUGAACGCGCGUCUGCUCCACGCCGCUGCCCUGCGGGAGUCUUCCGGCGCAAUGAACAUACCAAUGGACCCGGAAUGGGAACAAUACCUCAAAGAAGCAUCCGAGCGCGGCGAGCUCAACAUUGACGCGACACGAGAAGCUCUGCGCACCAUGGCUGGCCAAAUCGCGCAAUUGCACCAGUCGACGGUUGAGGCCGAGAGCAGCGAGGCCGUGCCUCAGACGUUCCAGCCACCCGCUGCUCCAGCUUAG